CCAUCCGGUGCGCUCAGUAUCCGACUCAAGCUUCAUUGAGCUAGUUGCAUCGCCCACAAGCCCACGAUGACGUCAUACGAGUUGCCUGCUAACGCCAGAGAGGGGAUGCUUAGACUAAGAAUAGAAGAACAGGGAAACAACCUCGAGGAAUUGAACAUCUCUAAUUGCAUCGUCGCGAACCCGGAAGACCUCCUGUGGUACAUAUCCGGCCUCCAAACGCUUAAAACUCUCAGGAGCGUCGCGUGUCCCCUAAGCGCGAGCUUUCUUCUGGACAGCCUUCUGAGAUCGUUGGAGACCGUGACUCGCCUGGAAUUCUCGCUCGUCGACAGCAAGGAAGAUGCCGAAGAGCAACUUGCCAAGGUCAAGCAUAUCAACCACGUGACGAACGAGAGGAGAAAUCGAGAGACCAAUCUUCGCGAGGUCUUCGUCGAAGUCGAGGGCGGCGAGAACAUGGACUUGCUCUCCGCGUUCUUGGCGUACUGUCCGCACGUGACGCACCUUCACAUUCACGUGCUACAUCCUGCUCGCUCCGACGUAGACUUGGCCAAGUGCGUGCACAUCGGCGAAAAACUUAACAAUAUGGAGGUGUUCACGUUAACGUGCGAAGCGCUGUUACCGGCGCCGCCCGAAUGCAUGCAGUCCCUGAACUUGCGGAACUGCGCCGGUAUCCACGGAAACCUGCUGUUCCGGGUAACGGGUAACGGCCUGAACUACGCCCUCCUACGCGAUCUCUCCCACCCGUCCAUCCCGGGCGAACCCGUCGUUCUGGUCGCCUUCGACGCGCCGGAUCUCGAGCGGCAGUUGCACGACGCCGGCUCCCAGCACGACUGGAGCCGAUUGCAGAGUCUGUGCAUCGUGCUUUUUUCUCAGUGCCCCGACGACACCGCGUACCCGGCCGUCGGCGCCGCGUACGACGUCGCGCUGCGCGAAUUUUUCGCCAAGUUUUCCAGCGUCACCGAGUUGAAUGUCAGUUCGUUUCACUUCGGCGACGGCAUCGACUUCACGGAGCUGCUGGCUACGUCCGCUCUGCAGCGGCUGCGCGCGCUGUGCCUGCCGCCGUGCGGCAUGCGCCAGAGGGGAGCGGUGCGCCGUCUGUGCGCCACCAUUAGCGAGAUCGAGGACCUGGACAUCCGCCUUAACGCGGGCGGUCGCCACCAGAGCUGCGAUUCCUGCGAAAAGCAGCUGCUCAUCGAGACUGCGCACACGAGCGUGUUUCGCGUCAGCCGGGGGCGAGGCCGGCUUACUUUGUGCAACGUGCCGGACCUGGCUUCUUUGAGCUUCCUCGGAAACUGCCAGGUGCCCCACCUGCGGUUCAUCGACGUCAGCAACAACCCGCGCCAUGAUUACAACGCCCUCGCAACAGCCAUAUGCACCAACCUUAGCCGCUGCAUACGUUCCCUUGUAGUCAAGUUUGCAAACGUCAAUUUAUUAGACCCGGGCUUCACGACUUCCCUGAACGAUGCGAUGUCUCUGGAGCACCUAUGCCUGCUGUCCAGCGCUCGGGUGCAGUCGCAGGUUGCGGAGAGCAUCAUCAAAUCGUUGGCCCAAAAGCUAGGUUCGAUCUCCUACGUGCACAUUCACUACGUGGACGAAGCGGGCAAAGAGGCUCGCUUGACGUGGAUGCGCUUGCUGGACGGCAUCGCUGGCCAGUCGCACCGAGGAAAAGUGAUGGCUGGCAAGCCCUGCAUCAUGUGCUCCACCCAGUCGUUCAUCGCACUCUCGAAACCACGUCGCCGCGAACUGUAGUCCAAGCAGCGGACCAGGGCGCCACUCUGGCGACAGGACCGGUGGCUCAGUCCGGGCGGGAUUUGGUUCCGCCAAGCCGUGACGGCUGUCGUCGAACUGAAAUAUUGGUUGCCUAUGUCGCAGUAAUAUUAAUGUUGCAGCGGAAUUAACAGUCCGCUAGUGACGUCGCACCUUCCUGGCUUGAAGGUAGCUUGGUGUUUGGUUGGCGUCGCGUGACGAAGGGAGCAGGGACUGUGCUGCUUCGCACUCUUCAGUGCAUUCAGUGAGCUGUCGUUACUUGUUUUGUUAGUUCUGCAGAAUAUUCCACCUGUUAACGCGUGCUUCAAACAAUCCCCUCUGCAACGAACUGCUGUCCUGGCUCAAAUCCGCUUCAAUUCCUACCCAAGUUUUACCACUUCUUAACGCCAAAAUGUUCAAUUUACGGCUAAUAAAUGUUACUGCCUA